CCGCCGGCGCGUGCGGCCGCAGUCCCGGCCCAGCUCCCGGCCGGGAGAGCCACGGCGCGCGGGGGGCGGCGUGCCUGCGGCCGGGCGGCCGCGCGGGGGAGCUGAGUUGGAGUCACACGACUGGCUGUUUCCUUCCGAGGGCUUUGGGCCAGCAGUCCAUUAGGCAGGGGAUCGUGACAACUUUUUUUUUCUGGCUAAAAGGAUGAAAACUGAGUAAGUGCAUAGAACGUUGAACUUGACGCGGAAUGAAACCAGUACAAGCAGAACCCGAACAGUCACCAUGUCCAUUCACGCCGGGCAUCCCCUUUUUAUGCUAAAAGCCGUGAACGCUAACGGGACAGCGGCAAUUUAAAACUGGAGGAAGGGAAGCAGCGAAGAAACACGCAAGGCUGAGAGCAGGACUGCUCAGAACUCGGAGGAGAAAUGAGGAACCGCUGAGGCGAGCUGGCCUGCAUCCCGCGGGGCAACAGGCGCUUUUGGUUUUAGCCUGUUGCGCUCUUCAGUGCUGUUUCCAGGCUCCAGAUCGACUUUGCGGUUGUUUUCUUUUUUUCCUGUGAAGUCUUUGCUGUGAGUUUAAGGAUGUUGUGGCAAUAAGGCAUUACCGGAAGCAACAGUCUGGCAGCCUGGGGUACGCUCAGGUUAUUAGUUACAACUAUUAUUAUUUGGAUGUCUUUUUUUUUUUUUUUUAACCCAGGCCAGCCACUUUUCACUGUCAUCCAUGGAAGAGAUCUUAUUAACCGCCUCAGACUUUGGGACCUAUGAUUCUUUGGCGUGAACCCUUCGGAAAGCUCUUCAGCGGGGAUGGAGCAAUCUUGAUUUCAGUUGUGGAUAAAGAAGGCUGAUCUGUAUUUUUCAUGCUGACAAAAAAUAGCUGCUAUGACUUUUCCGGCAACGCGGACAGGGGCCAAGUGAAGCUGAACUGGUCAUGGUCUGUCGUCCGGUGUUCCCUUGUCGUCGGCGACUUUGUCCCCGGCCCUUCCUGGUGGGCUUGGUGGUGGCAAUCUGUCUCUUCUACCAGACCCUGACGCUCCGAGGGUCGAGGAAGCUCACAGCCGCUGUCCCUGGGGCUGCCCCGAACACACCCCCCGAAACCCAGGCGAGCAGAUGCGAGAAGGGAUUCUCCCCGGACAAACCGUGCUUCCUUCCCUCCGGUAAUGCACAGGAAAUCAGAAAGAUGGAGAAAUCAAUAGAGACACACUUUGGCAGCCAUGACAGAAGGGCCAUACUCUACAGGCCUCCUUCCUUCAGCAAAACAGAGCUUCAGCUCCACCAGCACAUUCUCACUCAGCAUCGCUAUAUGGUUGUCAUCGCUGAAGAAAGGCUCGGUGCUGGCCUUGGGCUGGGGCUGCUAGAAAAAGGUGAUUUGGGCUCUUGGGAUCUGCUCAUUUGCCUGUCUUCUAGGGAAGCUGGUGGAAAACCUUGCAUAUCCAAGGAAGACAUGUGCCAUUUAGGUUUACAUCAAAAGGUAAACAUAUUACCAGAUAUACAGCAUCAGCUUUGCAGAAAAGAAGGAUUAUGUCAAAUAAUUAGAAGAUUUCCAGAAUUGCGACUUCUGGUAAGCCCCUCUGUGUGUCUGGAUCAGAGCAUACAGUUAAAGCUGAGCACUUCGAGUCACCUUUUAAAAACAGUGAAGCCACAUAUGUGGAAACCAUGGGACUGGCGACGUGAACAGCUGAAUCAAACAACAGUCCUUGCUCGACAUGAAACAAUCUUCAGAGCUGAAGAACUAUCUGUGAUUCUUAAAGCAUAUGUGUUGGUGACAUCCUUAAGACCUUUGCGUGCAUUCAUUCAUUCAAAUGGCACAGUUUGGAAUCCACCAAAGAAAAAACGCUUCACUAUCAAGCUGCAAACAUUUUUUGAGACAUUCCUGACAGCCAGUUCACCUCUUCAGGCUUUUGAUAAUAUGAAAGAAGCAAUUAGCAAACUCUUGCUAGCAGCUGAAUUAUUCAGCGAACCAUCUACUCUGGGACCAAAGGCCUUCAAUAGAUGCAGAUUAUGUUUUCAACUUUUCACUUUUGAUAUUGGCUACUACAGUUUUGGGUACCCCGUAGUGCUCCAGGUGCAUGAACAUUUAAAUUUUCAAGAUGAUGAUAAUAUGGAUUUUGAGGACCAAAAUACAGAAGAAUUCCUUUUACAAGAUACUUUCAAUUUUCUCUUCUCUAAUGAAUCUUCACUUCCAAUGUUUUCUGAGAUAUUUCAGGGACUUUAUAGAUCAGGUGUUUUUAAGGGUGAAAACUAUCAGAAGGAACAAAACCAAUGCCUGUCUUUAGAGGAGAUCAACUCAAUUAUGACUUUCACAAAGGAACUUGGGAACUUGGGGCAAUUCAAACUGCUCUUUCCAUCUACUACUCCUAGGAUUCGAUCUUUGAUGCGUGAAUUUUAUGAUAGGGCAAAUCCUGUGGGACGACCUGGUUCAAUCCUGACUCAAUGCUGGUCUCUUAUAAAUGUAUUUGAACAGUUUCAGCUCCUGAAUAAAAAGGCACAGCUACAUCCACUGGAAUGGCAUUCUUUCACAGAGGAUGAGAACAUUGAAAAACCACAAGUGCCAUUUGAUGCAACGAGAAAUAAAAAAGCUGCUGUUCCACGAAUCAUGAAUGAAACCAAAGAAGUUCAUUGCAGUAAUGAUGACACACAAUGUUAUAUCAAGCAGAUCCUCACACAUCCACAUUUGGAGCUAAAUCCUGAAUUUAACCCAAAGAUCAAAGAUUAUUACUCUGAAGUCCCAUUUGAUGUGGUCACAGUGACAAUUGGAGCGGAGACUUCUAAGUGUCAGUGCAAGGUGUACCUGCAUGAUCGGGCAGGACCAAGCUUUGCCAACUACCCUCUGGGUUUGGGAAUGAACAAAAUCUCAAUGCUGGUGGUGGAUGAAUCUCCAGCACAGGGGGAGACCCUGAGCACGUAUAAACUCACCAUCUACAGAGAAGACCGUCCAAGUCUGCCCUUGUUUGAAGACUUCACAGCAUGUGGUUUUGUGCAGAACUCUCAUCCCCUGAUUUUUCUCAUUAUGCUGUUCAGAUGUUGUCACCUCAGAAAAGCUCCUGUGACCAAGCUUCCCCAAACAGCCCACACCCACUCGUCAGGGAUUGAGUUGGGUCCCCCACAGGACAAGCCAUCAGCGCAUGAUUGUGGUUUGCUGAUUCACCCAGAGGAAACCUGUGGGUUACAGCCUAUUUCCUCUGACUACAUUGAAGCCAUUUCACAGCCCGAACUAAAGAUCUGUCCAUCUGGGGACACAACAGGCCAAUGGAUUGUGCCUUGCCUUAGCUGUUCAGACAACAGGACCUGUGACUGGAGGGAAAUAACUUGGCAGCCCCACGACUGCCAAUACGGUGUUCUAACUAAGCCCCAACUCCAGCAGUGCCUGGGAGGAAGGAAGGUUCUUUUCAUCGGAGACUCAACCAACCGAGGAAUAAUGUACUAUCUGAUCGAAAGACUAAAUGAAACCCUGCAGGAAUGGCAGAAGGUGCACAGCAUGAAAUUCUAUCACAACAUCAACGGUGGGAAGACUUUGAUCAGUUAUUCCUAUUAUCCUCAGUUCUGGAUAAGCCCUUCCUUGAGACCAACGUUUGAGAAAGCACUCGAACAUCUCUUGCAAAGGUCCCGUCCCCUGGAGAACACGGGCCGGACGGUAUUGGUCGUCGGUGGUGUUCAGUGGCUCAAUUCCAAUCACCUACAAAUUAUUCACAAGGUUUUGAAGAGGGAAAAUUUACUCAAUAUCCUUGUGAUCAUCAAAACUUUGGGAAUUGGAUUUCAUCUCCCAGUGGAUGGAUUGCAUUUCUUGACACAGAGUGAAGUUCAGAACUUAUGGAAAGAAAAUGUGAUUAUUCUGGAUGCUGCAAAAACCUAUGGCUAUGAAGUGGUUGACACAUUUACCAUAACAAUGGGGCGAUACAAGGAGUUUUUGCAGGGCACAUGUGGAUGCCAUUUUCAUGAGGUAGUGAAAUCAAAGCUAUCCAAAGAAUAUCCCUUUAUUAAAAUGAAACAAUCAAGAAAUCAUAUUGUGGGGAAAUAUUUCAGCAAUCAAAGCAAACUACAACAACGACGACAAGACUCGGUAACAAAUUUUCAAUCACCGUAUCAUGUCAGAGGUCCAAUUAAUCAGGUUUGCUCUGAAAUCCUUCUCAGCAGGAUGUGUGCGAGUAAAAGAACUGCGUAGACUCCCUGCAGGAGGACUGAACCUGGAAUUGGAGGCAAGCCACUCACUCACCUGGACAGCAGUCUAAGAACCAAAUCCUGUACAUCACGUGUAUUUGGAUUGACCGCACACUCAUGCACCCUGGCACACACAUACACACCAAUGCACACGUGGUUAAAAAAAGUAAUAAUAACACUUUUUCCCUACAGCUUUGUAAGUCCAAGGUGUGCACUUGAAAAUCAUUUGUUUUCAAGGGGAAAGCUAGAGCUAGAAAAAGGUUACUUGAAGUAUAAUCUUAAAUUAGAACCACUGUGGGCUAGGUAUUGCAUUGUGAUAAUAAGGAGAAAUAUAGACACUUGAAUUAUGUGGACAAAAAGGAUAAAGCUCUUGAGUAUUGCAUUAUCUUUUCUCUCGGUAGAUUAAUACUAAAAAGGAGAAAAAAGCAGUUACAUUCCACUUGCAAGUAGGGAUUGUGUUUGUGUCCUUUACCAGGAGAAAAAGUGAUGUUUAUGAUGGCUUAGGCUUUGUGAAUCUAAUGCUUAGGAAAAUAUUUCUUCCUAUACUUCUUAAAUUUUACAAUUGAAAGGAAAAGAACAGGAAUGCUCCACGGGGAAUUCAAAACGAUUCUAUGCAAGAGAUAGGAAUGUAAUAUUUUACAGUUAAAACACCAAUGCAUUUAACUUUGCACUCUUUGUACUUUUCAUAAACAUUCCCUCCUACCCUGUCUGUGAACUUGGAUGGGAAACUGCAGUCUAAGUUGAUUAAAUAUGUAAUUUUAAAGUGUAUUAUUUUAUUAUGUUUUACUGAUGAUAUUACUUAAGAAAGCUUUUGUUUUACGUUAGAACCCUGUGUAAUUCAAGAUUACAUUUUAUGUAAAUAGUUUCAAAGGAUUAGCCAUUUGCAAGUGCGUAGGUGUUUAUUUUCAUACAGCAUCUGUAUAUGUCCAGAAAUAUUAUGUUACUAGUAGCCAUAUUUUGAUUUAUCAAAUACAAAUUUAGAGUAAGCAUAAAAUUACUUUUUUAUUAAAACUGUGGCAUACAUAUACAACAUAUCCAAUUCUAGUAUUGAGAACUUUCUCUUCUAUAUGUUAAUUUCAAAAUGGUGAAUUUCUUUAUUUUACAAGUGUUUUCUUGUGAGCUAUCCCACAGUUAAAAUUGGUUUUUAAAGGAUUGUUUUUCUUUUGGGGGGAAAAAAAAAACCUGAGAGGGUUAUUCAAUCCAGGUUUGAAAUUACAACAUGUACAAAUACCUCAAUUUCAUUACCACACCAAAAAAAGACUAUUUUGAUCAAUCAGUUCCUUAGUAUGAAUAUCCACCUCUUUAAAUACUCUAUUUUUAUAUAUAUUUUUAUAUGGAAGUAAACGUGAAUUUAUAUUUAACUGUCUUAAAUUAUAUUUAAGCACAACCAUCACUUGAUAUAAACAAUACAUAUCUGCCUUUGACAGAUGAUAGAUUUUUUUUAAAUGGUACAGAAUUGCCCUUUAAAAUGAAAGAUUUUUCUAAUAUCUGCAACCAUAGGCAAGCACCAUUUUUAGGUCUUCGAUUUUUUUUUUUAAUGAUAUAAAAUGUUGCCAAUUCGUGCAGCCUCUCCAUUGUGUUUUAAUGUAUUACGUACUCUAUAACAGGAUUAUAGUCUGUGGAUAUGUCUUGUAAUUUACUGUCAACCUAACUAUAAUAACCAUCUGACUGAGGUUAGUCUGGCAUUUACCUCUUCACUGUUGAAAUAAUAAUAGAUUUUAGGAACAAGUAUAAUCAUACUAUUAAUAAAUGUCUUACUGGUAA